AAAUGUACAUUUUAUUUGAUUGAAAUUCCUUAAAUUGUAUUCUUAGUUGUAUUUAUUAAAUAUGAACAAAAUAUAUGUACAUUUUUAUUGACUCAAACAAUAGUUUUUACACAUGGAGUCUACAAAGAGGGAGCUUAUGUCAGCAGUUAAAAUGGUGUACUGUCCCUUUAAGAACCCCCUCCACGUGGGUAUUCUCCAAACAUCCGGUUUGUAGAAACGGGAACUAAAAUCCCCAAAACAAAACAAAAAAAAUCAUGCUUUGACACCGCGAUGACGCACCUGUUCCACUGCUGUAAUUACGCGGUUAUGUUUCCACACUUUGAGGUUAAGGAAACUCGAAUAUUUGUCAAGUGACCGGUCACCCUCCGACGGAAGGAACGUGACGCUAUAUGAACAGAUGGAGGCCGACUGUCUGAUUUCACGCAGGGAAGACAUUUCUGCGCUCGUGUCUGCGGAAAACCCGCACCCCAAACACAAAGAUUUAGAUAGCCAGUUUUUCGCCGUUCGUAAAGUACUCGGUGAUGGGAACUGCUUCUACAGAGCCUUCUGCUUCGCCUACUUGGAGUCACUCUUACAGCAUCCCCGAGCUCUAGAGAGGUUCAAGCAGAAGAUAAUCCAGAGUGGACAGGUUUUGGCUGUUGCAGGAUUCGAAGAGAGUUCCUUCAUCCACCACCUGGAUACCGUUGUAAAUGUUGUGGAGCAGUGCCAGGCCGAGGAGCAAGAAAGCACACUACUCAAGCUCUUCAACCAGAGCGCAGUCUCCGACGGCGUUGUUCAGUAUCUGCGUCUGCUUACGUCAGCACAUUUGCAAAACUUUGCAGACUUCUUCUGCAACUUUGUUGAAGCUCCUGACCUACAAGUCUACUGUCGUCAAGAAGUGGAGGUUAUGGCAAUGGAGUGUGAUCAUGUGGACAUCUUAGCUUUGUCCCAAGCUUUGGAUGUUGGUCUUCACAUAGUUUCUCUGGAAGGUGAACACCAGCAGCUGGUACACUUCAUCAUUCCAGAGGGCGCAGAACCAUCUCUGCAUCUUCUCUACCAGUCGUCACACUAUAACAUUCUUUAUCAACGACCUGAACUCAGAAACACCGGCCCACUAUCCACUGACUAAUCAUCUCAGGAAUGUUAAAGAAAAACGCAGAAAAUAAAUUCCAUACAUUUUAAACAUUUUUUUGGGCUUAGAAAAGAAAUAAAAAAAAUGUUUUCACAC